GGCUUGCAGCAGCGCCAUUUACUCCAAGACCAUCACCACCAUCAAUUCGCAGCAAUGAUACGAUCAGCCUUCGCCGAGUCGUCCACUCGCGCACUCAAGCGCAGCCUCGUCGCUACCACCACUCCUCGACCACAAGCUGUCCUCAGCCGCGCCUUCACCUCCUCCUCCUCCUCAGCCACCGCCACCGCCGAAGCGCAAUCUCUCGCCUCGUCAAUCUACACUUCCCCCCCACUUCACCCAACAGCCGCCACGUCCACGACUCCCUCCCUACCAGCGCACCAUCGAGCCACCCUUGCAUCACUUCUGCGCGUGGAUCAUUCAGGGGAAAUAGCAGCCAAUACAAUCUACGCGGCGCAAGCCUACAUAUUCUCUUCCCCGCUGCGCAACGAUGCUACGGCGAAGGAUCUGACGCUAGAGAUGUGGGAGUCAGAGAAGAAGCAUCUCAAGGUCGCCGAGAUGCUGUUGCGCCAGCAUAGGGUCAGACCUAGUGCGCUCAAUCCGGUGUGGGGGGCUUUGGGCAGUCUGUUGGGAGGAGUCACAGCAGCCAUGGGUCGGGAGGCGGCUAUGGCUUGUACAGAGGCGGUAGAGACUGUCAUUGGGGAGCAUUACGACGACCAGAUCCGGCACAUCGACGAAGUGCUUGCUUCAUUCAAGCCGGAGGUAAAAGAGGACCUGCCAGAGUCCGCUGCGGCAGCUAGCUCUGCUACCGCGUCGGCGCCGGUCAACGACGCGGCUACUGCAGAGGCUCUCAAGUCUAUUGAGACGUUGCGUGGCCUCUUAGAGGAGUUCAGGGAUGACGAGUUGGAGCACCUGGACACCGCUGUCGAACACGAUGCGCAGCAGGCUCCGGCGCACGCCCUCUUGAGCGCGGUGAUUCAGGCGGGAUGUAAAGGGGCGAUUGAGGUAGCCAAGAGAAUCUGAUGCGCAACAAUGAAGGGCCAAAUAGUGAAGAGGGUAUCAUUGGGAUAGUAGGGAAGGGACGAGAGGCGGACAAUGCAAUGUAAUCUACACCCGCAAUCCAAUGUACAUAUACGCACACCUUGCAGCUCGAGGGUCAUCGAUAUAUGGCGACGAUGAGCGCCGCAGUGAG